AGGACUGCAUUACCCAGCAUGCCCCGCGCCGCUGCCGUGUAAACACAUGAUGGCGUCUCCCUGCAGGGUCGCGUGAAGCUGCGGGACACAAACACACCGGCUCGCGAUGAUCGUGUUGGUGCGGUACAACCUGGGCCCCGGCGUGGCGGUGGAGCUGCAGGACGGGGCGAGCGUGGCCGAGCUGAAGCAGCUGGUGGGCCGUGAGCACGGCGUGCGGCCCGACCGCCUCCGCGUGCUGUUCGCAGGGCGGGAGCUGCAGAGCGCCGCCACGCUGCAGGGUUGUGACCUCCCUGAGCGCAGUACGGUCCAUGUGGUCCCCCCCCCCUCAGGCUCCUCCUCCUCCCAGCUGCUCCUCCUGCAGGAGCGCUUGGUUCGGCCUACAGGGGAAGACAGUCUGACCCGGCUGGACCUGAGCUCCUCUCGCCUCCACGCCACCUCGUCCGGCCUCGCCGUCAUCCUGGAGGGGAGCGAGGGGGGAGGUGGAGGAGAAGGAGGAGGUGGUGGAGGAGAAGGAGCAGGACUGGCAGGAGGCGCGGAGGCUCGGCCUGCAGGGGGCGCCAGCAGCAGCUUCUACGUGUUCUGUAAGAGCGUCUGCAGCUCCAUCCAGCCGGGGAAGCUCAGGGUCCGCUGCCACACCUGCAGGCAGACCACGCUGACCCUCAGCAGGGGUCCGUCCUGCUGGGACGACGUCCUCAUCCCAGGCCGUAUCCAUGGCGUCUGUCAGUCAGAGGGUUGUCGUGGCAACAUGGCGGAGUUUUACAUGAAGUGUGCGUCUCAUCCGACCUCAGACGAUGACGUCUCCGUGGCUUUAGAUCUCAUCAUGACCAACAUCAGAGACGUGCCCUGCAUCGCCUGCACUGAUGUCAUGCGUGUGGUGGUGGUCUUCCAGUGUGCAGAGCGUCAUGUGAUCUGUCUCGACUGUUUCCAUCGAUACUGUCAGACGCGUCUCAGCGAGCGCCAGUUUGUCCACGACCCUGUGAUCGGCUACUCACUGCCCUGUGCUGCUGGCUGUCCUGACUCGCUCGUUAAGGAGCUGCAUCAUUUCCGCAUUCUGGGGGAAGAACAGUAUGGGCGGUACCUGCAGUACGGUGCAGAGGAGUGCCUGCUGCUGAUUGGAGGAGUCAUGUGUCCGUCACCCGGCUGCGGGGCGGGGCUUCUGCCCCCCGACGACUACAGGAGGGUGGAGUGUGACAGACAGCUGGGCUGUGGGUUUGUCUUCUGCAGAGACUGCAGGGAGGAGUACCAUGAGGGGGCGUGUCCGACAGUGCUGGCUCCACCCACAGCUGAAGCAGCUCAGGGCUUCGUGGUGGAGGCGGCGGCGUCGGACCGAGGGCGGUGGGACCGAGCGUCUCUGCUCACGAUCCAGGAGUCGACCAAACGCUGCCCCACGUGUGGAGUGGCAGUGGAGAGGAACGGAGGCUGCAUGCACAUGUCCUGCCCGCUCUGCAGGACGGACUGGUGCUGGCUCUGCGGCGUCCCCUGGAACAGAGAGUGUAUGGGCAGCCACUGGUUUGGCCCCUGAGGCCCAGAGCACACACACACACACACACACACACACACACACACACUGUCCUGUGUCCCGACCACACACCCCACCUUCAGUAAGCCUUGGUGUCCUGUAGGGGGCGCUGCUCCAGCAUCACUGAUCUGGUGUUUGAAUAUAGCGUUAUAAUAAUUAUAAAUGUAGGUUUUUGUAAUUUAAAGAAACUCCUUGGUGAUGUUGAUGUUGAGGAGAUUUGUCCCUGCAGGGCAGCCGUAGUUUGUGCAGGCCAGGUUAGAGCCUCAGAGACCUGCUCCUGGUCCUGCUGAGGAGCCCUCCAGGGGCCCCGCACCUCACUUUGAACAGCUGCUGAGGAAUGUCACCGUAAAGACUCACCUGGCUCAGGACGCCGUUUUCCCACAAUGCAGUGCGCAGUGGAGGGGGAGGAGCUGCUCAGGAAGCAACCAAAACAUUCUGAAAUAUCAGCUGAGAUACUUUUUUUUUGUUAAUUUGAGCUGUAUGUCUGUCUCCAUGGUAACUGUUCUGUCAGUCUGACAGAAACAACAACAACCGUGUCAUGUGACCUUCUCACUUUAAUGUGAAAAACAGCAAACAAACAAAGAUAAAACAACAACAACAACAACAACAACAUGUGUGUCCGCAGGUGAUCUGCUGUAGGUUUGGUUGGCAGAUGAGAGGUUUUAUCCAUCGCCACCACAGGGGACUUUUAUUUUGAAUUAGAGAAGUGUUCGGAGCUCCAACAGGAAGUUAUUACAUUUAAAUAUUUACACAAUAAAAGUCCAGUUGGCUGUGACAAGAUGACAAUAAAGUUUUCACUUCACCUCA